AUGUAGUAUUGUUGCUCCGGGCCGUGUCUGUCUCUUGCUCCACAGAGGGACGCCAUGCUUCCAUGGAUAUGGUAGGCACAAUGGAGAGCGUCGGAAGAAGUCUACGUGGGUGUAUUUUCUGUCCAGACCUUUAUGUUCUGAACUUGGUUAUUGUGAAGGAGGGUGAGAAUGAUCUUCCUGGGCUGACUGACACGAAGAAACGAAGAAUGAGAGGUCCGAAGAGGGCAUCUAAAAUUCGUAAACUGUUCAACCUCUUCAAGGAGGUUCAAUUCUAUUUGCUAAAAUGUUUCGAUACUGGCAGGAGCGGUAAGUUCUGA